GUAAAUUACUGGUAAAACACUUAUUGGAAAGAACAGAACUAAGUUCAUUUGCUGCAAAAAUGAAUGUGAAACAGUUGUGCGGGUUUUUUCUUCCCAUUUUGAAAAUAACGAUAAUUUCAGUGUGGCGUAGGUUCCUCAAUCGAUUAAACGUACCCACAGUGAAAAUAGACAGGCAACUUUUUACUCUUUUAAUGGUUCUUGUGGUCGGAUACUAUUUAGCAUUGGUUCAACUGCACAUUCUGCUGUGGGCGUGGCUGAUGAGCAAAGAUCGUCUGCAUUUUUGGAAGCCUAGAGAGAGAAGUUCACCUCCAGCUUGUCUUGUAAGUUCAUCUCUCGGACGCCAUUGCUAUGCCAAUCUCCAGGGUAUUAGACUGCAUUAUGUUGAAGUUGGUGACCGAAAAAAGCCUAUGCUUCUUUGCCUGCAUGGCUUUGCCGAAACUUGGUACUCGUGGAAACAUCAGCUACGUGCCUUUUCAAAAACGCAUUGGGUAAUUGCCGUAGACAUGCGCGGUUAUGGAGAUUCGGACAAGCCCCAUAGGACGGACGAGUAUGAUUUACGGAUCGUCAUAGACGAUAUUCGUCAAUUGAUUUCGAAACUAGGAAAGGAAACAUGUGUGCUGAUGGGGCAUGGCUGGGGUGCAGGAAUUGGUUGGUUUUUUGCUGCUAUUUAUCCUAAUAUGCUGACUCAUUUCAUUGCUCUAAGCUGUCCACAUCCGGCAACAUUAAAAUACUACUUUUCCUAUUCCUGGAGACGACCUUUUAUUUUAUGGGAUAUGUUUUUCUUCCAAGCAAGGUGCAUUCCUGAACUCGUUUUGCAAUCUCAAGAUAAUCUUGUCAUGGAAAGGAUUGCAAAAAUAGGCUGCACUACUAGAGAAGAAACGAUUCAAGAAAUGGAAGCAUACAAAUACUAUUUCGGCAAGCCAGAUGCUUGGAGAGGACCGCUGAAUUAUUAUCGUCGAUUGUUCCAUCCUGGGUCGCUAAUGUGGAUGACCAAGUCUCAGCUACGUGUGCGAGUACCAACGCUGCUUGUAUUUGGCAAGAGGGAACCAAAUUUCUGUCAAAGACUGAUCUCUAGUUGUUCAGAACAUGUCGAUCGAAUUGACUUUCAUGUUAUUGAAAGUGCGUCGCAUUGGGUUCAAAAAGAAACACCAGACAAAGUCAAUAUUAUUUUAGCAAAAUUUCUAAAUUCUAACCUCUAACGUGAUUUGUGUCACUUCUACUUUGGUACUCACCAUUUAAAAAAGUUACGUUAUUGCUUAAAUUAAAAUUUGAAGUUCUUCCAUCGUACUCUCUGCCAAGCUAACUAGUUUGCUUUUUGAAACCAGUCGUUGCAAUAGAACCGAGAACUGCCUUCAUGUCCAUAAGCCACCAAAUUUGACAUACUAUAAGCUUUUCUUUGUAAUAUUGCGGUAACGCCAUCAUAGGGUUGUUUGGCUAACACAAUGCACUCCCUCCAAGGGUAUUCAAGUUGUCCUAUUUUACUUAUGUCGAAAAGGCUAGAUUUUUACCUUGUGUAUUGCUGA